AUGAGGGUGCUUCUACUAGCUCUCGCUGUGGCCCUUGCGGCGGGUUACCAGGUCAACAUUGAGUUUGCUCCUAAAAGGACAUACGUGUACAAAUAUGAAGCAAAAAUCUUGAAUGGCCUGCCUGAGGAGGGUCUGGCACGAGCUGGAGUGAAAGUCCUCAGCAAAGUUAAGAUCUCUGCAGCCACUGCCGACACCUUCAUGCUGAAACUGGAAGACCCUGAAAUCUUUGAGUACAGCGGCAUCUGGCCCAAAGAUAAUUUCACCCCAGCCUCCAAGCUCACCUCAGCCCUGGCUGCUCAGCUCUUGACACCCAUCAAGUUUGAGUAUACAAACGGUGUUGUAGGUAAAGUGUUUGCGCCAGCUGGUAUCUCUACAACUGUGCUGAACAUCUUCAGGGGUAUCCUCAACGUCUUCCAGCUGAACAUCAAGAAGACUCAGAACGUUUAUGAGCUGCAAGAGCCUGGACUUCAGGGUGUGUGCAAGACCCACUACGUCAUCGGUGAGGAUGCAAAGGCUGAACGCAUCUUUCUGACCAAGACCAAGGACAUGAACCACUGCCAGGAGAGAAUCAUGGAGGACAUUGGCUUGGCUUACAUUAAGAAAUGCACUGAGUGUCAGGCUAGAGCAAACGCCCUGAAGGGAGCUGCUUCCUUUAACUACAUCAUGAAGUCAACAGACUCAGGUGUUCUGAUCUUGGAGGCAACUACUAGAGAGCUGAUUCAGUUCUCUCCUUUCAACAUCAUGAAUGGCGCUGCCCAGAUGGAGGCUAAGCAGAACCUGACCUUUGUGGAGAUUGAGAAGACCACAGUGGAGCCCAUCAGAGCCGACUAUCCUCACCGUGGAUCCCUGCAGUUUGAGGCUGGCAGGGACCUUCUCCAAACACCCAUCCAGCUUCUGAGAAUCCGUAAUGCUGAGGCUCAGGCUGUUGAGACUCUGAACCACCUGGUGAGCUUCAAUGUAGCCAAGGUCCAUGAAGAUGCCCCUCUGAAGUUUCUUGAGCUCAUCCAGCUGUUGCGUGUGGCUAGGCCUGAGAUUAUCGAGGCCCUCUGGAGGCAGUUCAAAUCUCAACGUGAUCAUAGGGGCUGGCUCCUGAGUGCCAUCCCUUCCAUUGGGACUAACACUGCUCUGAGGUUCUUCAUAGAGAAGCUCCAAGCUAGUGAACUGACUGUUCCCGAACUUGCUCAAGCCCUGGUAGCAUCUGUGCACAUGGUGACAGCUGACUUGGAGUCUGUCAAGACUUUUGAGACCCUGGUUAAGAAGGAAAAGAUCCAAGAAAACCCAGUUCUGCGUGAGAUUGCCAUGCUGGGGUAUGGCACCAUGGUUGCUAAAUACUGUGAUGAGAACCCAACUUGCCCACCUGAGCUUGUCAAGAGCAUCCAUGAUCUCAUCCCAGAUCUUAUCAGGAAGAGUGAAACUGAGAAGCUCAUUCCUAUUCUUAAACUUCUGGGUAACGCUGGACAUCCUGCUAGCCUCAAGCCAAUCAUGAAGCUUCUGCCUGGCUUUGGCAGUGCUGCUGCCAAUCUGCCACUCAGAGUUCAAGUUGAAGCUGUUCUGGCCCUGAGAAACAUUGCAAAGAGAGAGCCCAGAAUGAUCCAGGAAAUGGCAGUUCAGCUGUUCAUGGAUAGGACUCUCAAUCCAGAAAUCCGUAUGGCUGCCACCAUCGUUUUGUUUGAGACCAAGCUGCCCAUGGGUCUGGUGACUACUCUUGCUACUUCCCUCAUAAAUGAGCCAAACAUGCAGGUUGCUAGCUUUGUCUACUCUUACAUGAAGUCCAUGACCAAGAACACCGCUCCCGACUUUGCUUCUGUUGCUGCAGCUUGCAACGUUGCUGUGAAGAUCCUCAAACUCAGAGUUGACCAAUGGAGCUACCGCUACAGCAGAGCUAUCUAUUUGGAAACAUACAGCAACCACUGGAUGGCAGGUGCUGCUGCCACUCUCUUCUACAUCAAUGAAGCUGCAUCUAUUAAGCCAAAAUCCAUUGUGGCCAAGGUUCGCACCUACCUGGCCGGAGUGUACGCUGAUGUUCUUGAGUCUCGCCACAGUAAGGGUGAUGCUGUUGCCGCCAGCAGCAAAAGCUCCAGCAGCAGCUCCAGCAGCUCCAGCAGUUCCAGCAGUUCCAGCAGCUCCAGCAGCUCCAGCAGUUCCAGCAGUUCCAGCAGCCGCCGCUCCAGGAGCCGCCGCUCAAACAUUUCUUCAAGCUCCUCAAGCAGCCGUUCAUCUUCCAAGUUCAGCAGCAGCUCUUCAAGCUCCUCCUCCAGGUCCAGCUACCAGAUCAAACAGGCACUGUAUGAUGCACAGUUUACCAAGAACCACAUCCACCAGCACUCUGUCUCCACAGACCCUGGAAAAGACAGCAGUGCCUCUAGCUUCCAAGCCAUCUUCACUAAAGCCAAGUACCUCUCUAGCACUGUCCAUCCUGUUGCAACCAUUAUCAUCCGUGCUGUGAGAGCUGACCACAAGGUUCAAGGAUACCAGAUUGCAGCUUACAUUGACAAAACCACUUCCAGACUGCAGGUCAUUGCUGCCAGCCUGGCUGAGGAUAACCACUGGAGAAUCUGUGCUGACGGUGUGAUGCUAAGCCCACACAAGCUGAUGGCCAAGUUCGCCUGGGGUCUUCAGUGCAAGCAAUAUUCAACUGAGAUUGCAGCUGAAACUGGUUUGGUGGGCAAAGAGCCUGCAGCCCGCCUGAAGCUAGCCUGGGACAAACUUCCAAGGAAGAUGAUAAGCUAUGCAAAGAAGUGGUACAAGUACGUUUCCUUUCUUGCACGACAAAGCGGCAUGGCUCUGGCAAAGGCCAAGAACGUUCAUAAGGAGAUCAGAAUGAUUCUGGCUGUUGCUGCUGAGACAAGGCUGAAUGUUGUGCUGAAGACACCAAAGCGGACCUUUUACAAACUUGGACUGAAUCUUCCUUGUGCUUUGCCAAUUGGUGACACUGCUGAAGAGCUGAAACCAUACCUGAACAACUGGGCUGACAAGUUCUUCUAUGCAUUUAGCAAGGCUCAUACAGCUGAAUGCGCCCUGGACACAGAUGUAGUGAGAUCAUUCAACAACAGGACAAUCAAGAAUGACUGGCCCCACUCUUGCUACCAGAUUUUGGCUCAGGAUUGUACCGAAGAACUCAAGUUCAUAGUCCUUCUGAAGAAGGACCAAGCAAGGGAACAGAACCAGAUUAGUGUGAAGAUUAGAGACAUUGAUGUCGACAUGAUUCCCAAGGGCAACCUUAUCGCAGUGAAGGUUAAUGGAGUAGAAAUCCCCACCAGCAACCUGCCAUACCAGCAUCCAGCAGGCAAAAUUCAAAUCAGACAGCGAAAAGAUGGCAUUGCUCUCCAUGCCCCCUGCCAUGGUCUUCAAGAGGUCUACUUAGAUCGUGACGGUGUGAAGGUUAAAGUUGUGGACUGGAUGAGAGGAAAGACUUGUGGACUCUGUGGAAAGGCUGAUGGGGAAACCAGACAGGAAUUCCGCACACCCAACGAUCGCCUGGCCAAGAGCGCACUCAGCUACGCUCAUUCCUGGGUUCUGCCUGGAAAGAGCUGCAGGGAUGGCUCUGAGUGUUACAUGAAGCAUGAAUCUGUGAAGCUGGAUAAGCAGCUGACCCUCCAUGGACAAGAGUCCAGAUGCUACUCUGUUGAGCCUGUGCUGCGCUGCCUGCCCGGCUGCACAUCAGUGAGGACCACUAGUGUCACAGUCGGCUACCACUGCCUGCCUGCUGAUUCAAACAUGAGCAACUCUGAUGCUCCGAGCAGCAUCUAUGAGAAGAGCACUGACCUGAAGGAAAAAGCAGAAGCCCACCUGGCCUGUCGCUGCACCGCCCAGUGCGCUUAAUCUCAUCGUCUUCACUGAUGUUAUAUAUUAUU